AUGAGGAGCGAUCAGUGGGAGUGGACACAGAGCUGUGAGAGAAAACAGCUGCUCUGCUGCAGACUGGAGCAUGUCCUGAGAAGUGGAGGUGGUCCCAAGACAGCGGACAGAAGAGAACAAAGAGGACUGUGGACAGAGGAGGACUCACAAGGACAGGGGACGGAGGAGACCAAAGAGGACGGGGACAGAGGAGUGAGGAAGACAGGAGACAAAGGAGGGCCGUUGAGGACUGUGGACAGAAGAGACCAAGAAGGGACUGAAGAAACUAAAGAGGAUAGAGAAGAACAGAGGCCCUUCGGGGCUGUACCAUGGGACAGAGUCUGUCUGUGGAAACCUCACGCCAGGAUCCACAGCAGCACAACUGUCAAGUUUUUACCAGCGUCCUUCCCGCUUCUGUGCCAGAGGAAGCACUGGCCUUUGUUGCUCACAGCAGCAGGUUGCUUUCUCAAAGUGUAUGGAGAGAAAAACAGCUCUGCAUUCGUCCCAUGGUCCUCCUCCUUCAUGGGCUGCUGCUGCAAGUCGCACCACCAUGGAAGCUGGACCCCGAGCACGCUUCUGCAAGAUGAUGAUGCUGAGCAGCACCACAGCAUUAUGGUGGGAGAAGGAGGCCACACGCGGGACAGUACGCCAAAACGAAAGACCAAAUUCUCCACUCUUGGAAAGAUCUUCAAGCCCUGGAAGUGGCGCAAGAAGAAAAGCAGCGACAAGUUCCAGGAGACCUCUGAGGAGCUGGAGAGGAAGAUGUCGACGCGGCGUACACGGCAGGAGCUCAUAGACCAGGGAGUGCUGAAGGAAGUCCUGGACAAUGAUGCUGUACAGGGGAAGCCGCCGCAGGUGAAGAAUGGCCACACUCUGCCGGUCAGCACUGGGGUCAGCACGGAUCAUGGUGGUAGGAGUCCAGGGAAGCUGGAGCCAGACUUCAGGAGUGCUCCGCCCUGGCUGCCUCAGACUGAAGCUCUGGGCUCUCGGCUGGCUGGGCUUGGGCUGGGUGGAGGGGCCAGGACAUAUGCGGAGAGUGACUGGAAGCCUAAUCUGGUCUGGCAGGGUCACAGUGGCCUGGAGGAGGGCAGGCGUGUAGGCCGGCCGCACCAUGACCCUGAGCAGAAGCGGCCCGGGCUGCAGAAGGUCAUGUCUGAAGAUGGGAGAAGGACGAGGGAAGUGGAGUGGAAACCAACUCUGCCCCGGCAUGCUUCGGCAGAGGAGGGCCGCACCCGCAGAGACACAGAUAGCCCUUUUGCCCAGCAGCCUGAUGUCCACCCUGCCUUCCGGGAGCCUCCCAAACAUGCUGUGAUGUCUCCUCCCAAGUGGCUGAUGAGCUCCACUCCCGACCCGGGUUCAUCCUCUGGCCAGUUCCCAUCUCCGCACCAGAACUCCUCCUCUGGACAGUUCCCCUCUUCGCACCAGUUCUCCUCUGCUGGUCACUUCACCUCUCCAUCCACUGGUCACACCUCCAAACCUGUUCGGUCCGUGUCCUCCGCGGGCGUCUCUGCACAGCUCCCUCCAAUCAGCAGCUUGUCCCAGGGCAUAAAGCAGCCGCCUCUGCCUCCCCCCAAACCCGUCAACAGGGGCAAUGCUGCAAUGCUCGGCGACUACGCACAGGCUACCGGGGGUACCAGCAUGGUGCCGGUGAAGCCCUCCCCCCCAAUGCCCCCGAAAAGAACCACCCCUGUGACUAAACGCAGCACGGAGGAAGUCCCGCCUACAGGGCACCCCAUCGUCCCCUCUCCACUGUCCCUGGAGGACCACAAAACCCUGGCUCUGGGAUUCUCCUUGCCUCCAUUGUCCACCUCGCCUCCCUCUCAUCACCUCCAGCAUCAGCACACAUACCCCCACGCACUGCCUCAGCCCAUCCCACUGCUGUUGGACCCUCCUAGCCCUCCCCCUGAGUCCCCCCAGCGCCCGGCUCCUAUCCCCCUGCACAUUAUGAUCCAGAGGGCCUUGUCCAGCCCAGGCCCGGCCCAACCUCACCCGGACGGAGCUCAGAGGGCCCACGCGCUGCUCUUUGAAACCCCUGAGUAUCAAGGAGGUCGUCCCCUGCCUGUUAGCAUCCAGCCACUCAAAAUCUCUGAGGACGAUUUCUCUGAGGAGGACGACGACGACGAGGAGGAUGAAGAGUAUGAUGGGGAGAUACCUCAGCCCGAGCUAGAGCCGCGCACUCGCCGCUGUAUGGUGGGAGAUGUGUGCGUGCUGCCGGAGGAGAAUAGCAGUGAGGAGGAGGAGGAAGAGGACGCGCAGGAAGCAGAUAGUGACUCUGAUGGACCUGUGCAGUACAAACACAGUGACAGUGAGGAAGACGAAGAUGAGCCACCUCUGAGUGCAUUGGCGAGCAGAGUAAAGAGGAAAGACACUCUGGCCCUGAAGCUGAGCGGUCGGUCCUGCGCCCCACAUCGCGAGCGCUUCCCACCAGAGAGACACACACUGACCUGGCAGAGCAGAGAACAGUGGGAAGCUAUCCGCACCCAGAUUGGGACAGCACUGACCAGACGACUGAGCCAGAGACCAACUGCGGAGGAACUGGAGCAGCGCAACAUCCUCCACCCCAAGAAUCAGGCCGACAGACAGGCGGAGGUUCGGGAGAUCAAGCGACGCCUCACAAGAAAGUUGAGCGAGAGGCCGACUGUUGCAGAGCUUCAGGCCCGAAAAAUCUUGCGCUUUCAUGAGUAUGUGGAGGUGACAGACGCACAGGACUACGACCGGCGAGCCGACAAGCCCUGGACUAAGCUGACCCCAGCAGACAAGGCUGCCAUCCGGAAAGAGCUCAACGACUACAAAAGCACUGAGAUGGAGGUCCAUGAAGAAAGCCGAAUGUAUACGAGGUUUCAUCGACCGUAG